GUGUGUGUGCGUGUGUGUGUGUGUGUGUGUGCCUCUGUGUGUGUGUAGGUAGAGGAGGGCUGGUGCGAGGGCCUUCUGAAUGGUAAGACCGGGAUGUUUCCCUCCAACUUCACCAAAGAGAUUGUUGCUGAAUCAGGCACGCCCCCUUUGGGCACGCCCCCUCUGGACACGCCCACCUCUCAGGAGGAGCCCCGCAGCAGUGGCACCAGUAAAGAGAGUCUAGGCAGUGAGAGUGAUGGAGGUGACAGUAGAUCAGAAAUGGGAUCAGGAGAGAUUCAACCCAAGAAGGUACGAGGCUUCGGCUUCGGGGACAUCUCAAAGACCAGCCCAUCAAACUCAGACCACGGUCCCAUGGAGCUGGACCCGGAGUCAGACAGAACUCAUCCAGUGAAAACAGCCACAGUUGCCGUGGACACCAUGAAGGCGGAGCCAGACGGAAAAUCGAAAGGUGGGCGGGAGCUGUGUAAAGUCCUCUUCCCUUAUGAUGCACAAAACGAGGACGAGCUGACAAUCAAAGAGGGCGAGAUGGUUGCCAUUAUUAGCAAGGACUGUGCGGACGCCGGCUGGUGGAUGGGGGAGGUCGGGGGUCGACAUGGAGUGUUCCCAGAUAACUUUGUCAAAGUGCUGCUUCCCGAGGUGGAGAAAGAGAGACCAAAGAAGCCCCCUCCCCCCAGUGGUUCGUCAACUAAGCACACAUCAGAGAGAAAGUCAGAGUCCAGGAAGGUUCCUCCAGAGCGUCCGGAACACCUUCCCCAACGCGACGCAGAGAGAGGUGAAGAGACAAAGGUGGGAGACAUCCCUAAGCCCGCCCUCCCGUCUGUCCCUCCCAAGAAGCCCCUCCCCCCAAAGACAAGCCCCGCCUCUUCCUCCCAAGCCCCUCGACGCCCAGAGAGGCCGCGCACGAAGUGUGAAAGCCCUAAAUCUGAGGGCGGAGCUUCAACACCAGACUCUGCCUCUGACUUGUUACAUGACACCGAGGUGGACCUGGAUGCAGUGAUCAUAUCGUCUGAGAGGCUGAAUCAUCCCACGGCCUCACGACCAAGGAUAACCGACCGGCGACCUCGCUCACAGAUCAUCUCUCUUCCUUCUCUUUCGUCUGCUGACAUGCAGGACGUCCUAGCGCUGGAGGAGGAGAGGAGAGAGAAGGAGAGGAGAGAGAAGGAGAGGAGAGAGAAGGAGGAGCAGGAGGCGCCUCCCUUAAGGCCUGAGAACGUCUCGCGGAGGAAAGUAGUGCCCUCCGUCACGAUCCCGGAUGGAAAGUCGGCCCUGCCGCCUAAACCAAGCAUCCCGAACCCCAGCAGCAGCUCCAGCCACCGCUCCAUCUCCCCUUCCUCCUCCUUGGUGCGAAGCCCCUCCCCCUCCACUCUAAGCCCCUCCCCCGAGCUCCGCCACUUCCCCAUGACUCCCGUCACUCUGGAGGAACUCCGAGCCCAGCUGAGGGAACUGAAGACCUCCGUGGAACUACUCAAGAGCCAGCACAGGCAGGAGAUGAGGCAGCUGAACAGCGAUCUGGAGGAGGAGAAGCGGAGCCGCAUCUCCCUACAGAUGGAGGUAGAGCACAUUAAGAAGAACCUCUCCAAAUGACGAGCCCAGCGCCAGCACUGGCGCGCUCUGAUGACAUCACCACACCGGAUGCCCCGCCUUUUAGAAUAAACCAUUAUGAGGUCUUCUCAAGCCUCACACGCACCCACGUCUAGUUUGUGCCAAAUGCCACAUGGUCAUCAUCAUCAUCAUCAUCAUCAUCAUCAUCAUCAAUGUGAUGUCAAUGACUAUACGAUACAAAGAGCCAUGUCACAUCCCCACACACACACACAAACACACACACACACACACACCCAAGUCUUCACACACACAAACACAGACAGACACACACACACACACACACACACACACACACACACACACACACACACACACACACACACACACACACACUCACACACCACUCCCAGGUCCACACAAACACACAACCAUGUCCUCACACACACAAACACACUCGCAUGCAAGUGGGGAUGCAUGCAUGCACACACAUCCACAGCCUCACACAUCCACGCUCCCAUAGCCACGCACACACACUUAUCCACAUCCUUAAGCACACACACGUUCACAGCCUUAUUCUUUUUUUCACUUUAUUUUAAAAUGUUUAAUUAUUUUUGUUUGGAGAGGCAUGUCACUUUGUUUACGUCAAUGGGAGCCUACUCCAGGUGGUACAUGUAUGCGUUGCCUCGGUUACGGAACAACCAAGCAGAGCUGUGGUUGCGGACGCAUACCGGUACUGAAGGGGGAGAGAGAGAGAGAGAGAGAGAGAGAGAGAGAGAGAGAGAGAGAGAGAGAGAGAGAGAGAGAGAGGUGAAUGACCUGUGCUGUGCACACUCCACGGCCUUUGCCUCUUCCCCAGGUGUGUGCACGUGCAUAGAUGUGUGUGUGUGCGUGCGUAUGUCCAUUCGCCGCUCUUCCUCACGUGUGCACAGUAGCUAUGGCAACCCAUCACCGUGGCCUUCCUUCCUUCCAAGCCCAACUUUUUGUCUUUCUUUCUUUCUUUCUUUCUUUCUUUCUUUGUGACGAAGACCAAACAGCGAAGACGACAAGGUUCUUUUUUUCUUGACUUGGUCUGUAAUAUCUCCAAGAUAGCGAUAUAAAUAAAUAUAUAUACUUUUAUAUUUCAGUGUUAUAAAGAUGCUAUGAUGUACUGUAUGUGUGCAGAUUUUAAUAAAAUGUAUUCCAAGUUUA